AUGGACCAGGCAAAGACCAGGGUUGGGGCCCGGGGGCUGGGGGGCCUUGUGCUGGCUGUCAUAAUUCUGGGAGCAUGCAAGGCACGGCCUAUCCCUGACUCCAGCCCCCUCCUCCAAUUUGGGGGUCAAGUUCGGCUUCGGCACCUCUACACAGAUGACACUCAGGAGACGGAAGCCCAUCUGGAGAUCAGGGCAGAUGGCACGGUAGUGGGGACUGCCCACCGGAGCCCUGAAAGUCUCUUGGAGCUGAAAGCCUUGAAGCCAGGAGUCAUUCAAAUCUUAGGGAUCAAGACAUCCAGAUUCUUAUGCCAGAGACCAGACGGGACACUGUAUGGAUCACUCCACUUUGACCCUGAGGUUUGCAGCUUCCAGGAGCUGCUUCUGGAAGAUGGAUACAACAUUUACCGUUCUGAAGCCCUGGGUCUCCCCCUGCGCCUGCCUCCCCAGGAUCCAGCACCCUGGGGGCCAGCCCGCUUCCUGCCCCUGCCUGGUGUGCCCCCCGCACCGCCGGAGCCCCCCGGGAUCCUGGCUCCCGAACCCCCUGAUGUCGGCUCCUCCGACCCUCUGAGUAUGGUGGGACUGUUGCAGGGCCGAAGCCCCAGCUAUGCAUCCUGA